CUCUAAUAUUCACGUAAAAUUGAUGGUACAAGAACACGCGCCCCCAGAAUCAUGCCAAUUUCACCUAUGGCCUUACACACACGGGCCAUCCUCAGAGUCACCACUACCAUCCCAUCCCCAACACACACACUGCUUGAUGCGCCGGAGAACCGGCUCCCAAAAGCCCCCUUCCGGGCUCCUGGAUUACUCUCCUUCACUUUCCCCGGUGCUGUUCGGCUCUGAGACUCCCAGGUUUCCGCUAGUGAGCAGCGCCGUGCCCCGCCUCUCUCCUCCACUGACGAAGGCAGAAACUGCGAUGUAGUCAGUCAGUCCCGAGUAUUCACAGAGCCGGCUAUAGCUCCCGGAAGACUCCUGGGCGCGGCUCCGCUCCGCGCUUCUCGGUGGACAGCUCAGCGCAGAAAGUCAUCUACCAGCGCUGGCACCUCGCCCUUUCCGGCUCUAGACUACAUUUCCCAGAAGUUCUUGCGGCUCUAAUCAACUUCUGGCGCGAACCUGGCGACCUUUUUCUAUUUCUCAGGGAACACAUGGUUCCUUGGGAUUGGCCGGGUCAAUGGAGGAAGCUUGUCUCCAGGGUCUGCGGCCUGCCUCGUGUGGGAGCCUCACUCCGAGCCUGCGUCUGGAUCUCGAAGACUCCUAACAGCGACUCGGGGAGAGAAGCCGGGAUGCGGGCUUGGCGCGGGCUGUGCGCUGGCGGGGAACCCGAGGGCCCGCCGCCAUCUUGGCCGGCGGAUCCAGACUACAUUUCCCAGAGACUCCCGCGGGAACAGGGUCGCCCGUUCACUUGCCUGCGGGAUCCUCGGCCUCCGGAGAAGGGGAAGCGCAAGGUGAGCGGCCUAGGUCUCGGGGGCUUGACUAGGCUUUCAGGAGAACAGGCCCGAGGAGGACUGAUCAUCUCCUGCAAUACUGAAAGCCAUGGCCCAGGAAUCUGUGACGUUCAGUGAUGUGUCUGUGGACUUCUCUCAGGAGGAGUGGGAGUGCCUGGACCCUGCUCAGAGGGACUUGUACAGAGAUGUGAUGCUGGAGAACUAUAGCAACCUGGUGUCGAUGGGAUUUUAUAUUCCUAAGCCUCAAGUUAUCUCCUUAUUGGAACAAGGGAAAGAGCCCUGGAUGGUUGGCAGAGAGCUGACAAGAGGCCUGUGUUCAGAUCUGGAAUCAAUGUGUGAAACGAAGUUAUUAUCUCUAAAAAAGGAAGUUUACGAAAUAGAAUCAUGCCAGAGGGAGAUAAUGGGACUUACAAAGCAUGGCCUUGAGUACUCCAAUUUUAGAGAUGUUUUGGAAUAUAGAAGCCACUUUGAAAGACAACUGGGAUAUCAAAAUGGGCAUUUCAGUCAAGAAAUAUUCACUCAUGAAUACAUGCCCACGUUUAUUCAACAGACAUUCUUUACUCUGCAUCAAAUAAUUAAUAAUGAAGAGAAACCCUAUGAAUGUAAGAAAUGUGGAAAGGUCUUUAGUCAGAAUUCACAAUUUAUUCAACAUCAGAAAAUUCAUAUUGGUGAAAAAUCUUAUGAAUGUAAGGAGUGUGGGAAAUUUUUUAGUUGCGGCUCACAUGUUACUCGACAUCUGAAAAUUCACACUGGUGAAAAACCCUUUGAAUGUAAGGAAUGUGGGAAGGCCUUCAGUUGUAGCUCAUACCUUUCUCAACAUCAGAGAAUUCAUACUGGUAAGAAACCCUAUGAAUGUAAAGAAUGUGGGAAGGCCUUUAGUUAUUGCUCAAAUCUUAUUGACCAUCAGAGAAUUCACACGGGUGAAAAACCCUAUGAAUGUAAAGUAUGUGGGAAAGCCUUUACUAAGAGCUCACAGCUUUUUCAACAUGUCAGAAUUCACACGGGCGAGAAACCCUAUGAAUGUAAGGAAUGUGGCAAAGCUUUUACGCAGAGCUCAAAACUUGUUCAGCAUCAGAGAAUUCACACUGGUGAGAAACCCUAUGAGUGCAAGGAAUGUGGCAAAGCCUUUAGUAGUGGCUCAGCACUUACUAAUCAUCAGAGAAUUCACACUGGGGAGAAACCCUACGAUUGUAAGGAAUGUGGGAAGGCUUUCACGCAGAGCUCACAACUUCGUCAACAUCAAAGAAUUCAUGCUGGUGAGAAACCUUUUGAAUGUCUUGAAUGUGGGAAGGCCUUUACUCAGAACUCACAACUUUUUCAACAUCAGAGAAUUCACACAGAUGAAAAGCCGUAUGAAUGUAAUGAAUGUGGAAAGGCCUUUAAUAAAUGUUCAAACCUUACUCGACAUCUGAGAAUUCACACUGGUGAAAAGCCCUAUAACUGUAGGGAAUGUGGGAAGGCGUUUAGUAGUGGCUCAGAUCUCAUUCGUCAUCAGGGAAUUCAUACUGAUGAACCUGCCUUUGAGUCUCCGCCAAACACAAGUGAUGGUGGUUGUAAUGUCAGUAGUUUGAAACAGCCUAACAGUAACAAGCUCCUUAUUCUGCCCUCUUGGGAAUCUGCUGGCCUUGAGAGAUCUGUGAAAAGAGGAGAAAAUGGCUCCCGGGUUCCUGGCAGCAAGACCCACACACUGCCUUGUGAGGGCUCUGCCCUCCCUCAGGAAGAGGAGAAAAUGCCCGAAGUACAGGAGCUGGUGACAUUCAAGGAUGUGGCUGUGGACUUUACCCAGGAGGAGUGGGAGCAUCUGGACCCCUCUCAGAGGCACCUGCACAGACAAGUGAUGUUGGAGAACUAUGGGAAUCUCAUCUCCUUGGGUGAGAACAGCAUCUCAGUGGUUCAAUUGGGAGAGAAGCCCCCUCCGUAUGAUGGGUGUGGAAAAGCGUUCACGGAGAGGACAGCAGACCUUAACCUUCCUGUGCUCCUCCCGGGAGAAGAGCCCUCCCAACGUACAGAGCGUUCCAGAGUCUUCACCUCGGGAUCUGCCCUGAGAAGGCACAAGAAGGAGCACAGGGGAAAGAAGCCUCACACAUGCGAGGAACGUGGGAAGCACUUCAGCCGCAGCUCCAACCCGCCCAUCCACCGGCGAGGACACACAGGCGAGAAGCCCUUCUGCUGCUGUGACUGCGGCAAGGACUUCAGCCGCAGGGCAGCCCUGCAGAUCCACCAGAGCGUCCACACAGGAAGGAAGCCGCAUGCCUGUGAGGUGUGUGACCGGGGCUUCACCUCACGCUCAGCACUGGCACGGCACCAGCAGGACCAUGCAGGGGACAAGGCCUAUGUGUGUGACGCGUGUGGCCGGGGCUGCAGCCUCUACCUGCACCAGUGUGUCCACACUGGGGAGAGGCCGUUCCACUGUGAGGCCUGUGGCAUGCGCUUCAGCUGGAGCAAGGACCUGGGCAUCCACUGGAGGGUCCACACAGGAGAGCGGCCCUACAGGUGUGGGGCUUGUGGGAGGAACUUCAGGCAUCACUCGGCCCUCGAGAGGCACCAGAGGGUCCACACAGGAGAGAAGCCCUAUCCCUGUGCUGUGUGUGGGAAGGGGUUUAGUCAGAGAGGCCACUUGCGGACACACCAGAAGGUGCACUGUAGGGAGAGGCUGCCCAAAUUGGGCUCCAUUCAUGCAGACCGGCUGUGUGGAAAGUCGGGUCUCGGUGUAGACAAGGUCGUAACACAUGGACAAGGCCGGAAGGUCUCCAAGGCCCGGUACAAAUCUCCGAGAUGCAGCCAACCGCGCGAAAAGCGACUGCAAAGUCCGACGCAGGCGCGCAGCCGUUCUCUUGCCGCGACCCGCAAAAACCAGUUUAUUAUUGUUUGUAGGCGGGUCGGCCGCAAACGCUUCUUAUUGGCCAAUGAUCGUCCUUCUUCCCUCCCCCCUCUGCGUUGCCUGGAAACGGAGUCCUGCCUAUCAACAGCUGCUCGUGUUUUCCAUUGGCCACCUUCUCCGGAAGCCCGCCCCCACACGAAGCCUCCGGCGAACCGCGGGCGGGCAGAGGCGGUCCGGGCAGCGAGCGCUCGGCGUCGCUCUGCAGCUUGGUAUUGUCCUGGCGAGAGUCCUCCAGGACUGUCGGGCGCGGCUGGCACCUCGGUCCUCGCGACGGCGGGAACCGGGACUCGGGCUCUGAACCCGAGUGGUGACCGAGGAGCCGGGCCCGGCUCUCCCGGUUGCACGCGGCUGGGUGGACGCCCGCGCGGGGCUCAUGCGCGCGGGUUCCCGACUCCGACCCGCGGGGGGUCGGUACUGAAGGUCAAAACCGGGACUUUUCAGCCUAUCCAGGCAAAACGCCCUUUUAUUUUUUCCGCAGAUGGUCAGGAAUUCAGACAGGGCACAAACGUGGCCAGCUUAUCUCUGUUCCACAAUGCCUGUGGCCUCAGCAGGGAAGACGCAACAGCUAGAGGCUGGAACCAUGUGGAGGCUCAUUCCCUCGUGCCUGGUGCCUCGGCUGGGAUGCGUGGAAGCCUGGACUCAGCUGCGCCAGUCCGGCAGGAGUUAGCGAAACUAGAAAGCAUAAAUUUAGAGGUGUAUAUAGCACCCCUUAUGUUUCUGCCGGGAGCCGAGCCCACAGCCGCCGGUCCCGACCCUGGUUGCUGCUCGGGAAGGACGCACGGGGAGGAGAUCUGGCAUCCACGCCGCCCGAGGUUGGCGCGCACGGUCUGGCCUCCCGCCGCUGCAACACCGGCUGGGCGCCAGGACCACAUUUCCCAGAAUCCUCGGGUGUGUCUGCGGCGCUCUCGGUGUCCACAGACCUCAGUAGCCUUCGGAGGAGAAGCUUGUGAACCUCGCGACGCCUCUGCGGCCACUUCCGUCCUCCUUCACGCUCGCCCCUCAGCGUGUGGCGUUGACGUACAGGAGCACUUCCGCUCGGUGGGUCCCGCCCGUAAGGCUGGUUGGCGGCGCCGUGAGCCUGCCAGUCUGGGUCCUUUUAAUGCUUCUGCGCUUGGUUCCCCCGGCUUCAGCCUCAGGAUUGGCAGCGUGCGCCCAGCGUUCCAUCUGUCUUCUGAGACUUUGCCCUUCUCCAGGGAGAGCACUCAGGAGACCGGGAAAAUGGCCACGGGGCUCCUGAAAGCCAAAAAAGAGGCAUUUGUGGCGUUCAGGGAUGUGGCCGUGGACUUCACCCAGGAGGAGUGGAGGUUGUUGAGCCCUGCUCAGAGGACCCUGCACAGGGAAGUGAUGCUGGAGACCUACAGCCACCUGGUCUCACUGGAAAUUCCACUUUCCAAACCAAAACUCAUUUCUCAGCUGGAGCAAGGGGACGAGCCCUGGAUAGAGGAGAGACAAUGUCGGCUGGGCCUCUGUCCAGCAGGAUCAAAGCUAGAAAUUCAGCCUUGUCCCUCCUGCCCUCUGGCAUUCUCUAGUCGGCAAGCCCUCAGCCAACAUGUGUGGCUCAGUCAUCUCCCUCAGCUGUUGUCAAGUUUAUGUGCAGGAAAUCCUCUCCAUCCAGGGACACACUAUCCAGAAGAUCAGAACCAGCAGCAGGAGCAACUCUCUGAUUCAACCUGCUCGAGCAACAAAGCAGAAAUCCAAGAGAGAGAAGACGACUCCAAGCCUUUGUUUGGGAGAGGAAGCACAAGCAGCGUUUCGAAGGCGUUCUCCAGCCCACGAGAAGAGCAGCCAGUAAGGUCCAAGGAAGACAGCAGAGAGGUGGAUAUAGGGCCCUGCCCAGCCCAGAGGACAGACUUUGAGGAAACAGACAGAGUAUUGCAUGGUUUAGAAGUCUCAGGAUUUGGAACAAUCAAAUAUAGAGAGUUUGGGCUAGGCUUUAUCAAGGAGUCAAACCUGCUCAGCCUCCAGAAGACACACACAGGGGAGAUACCUCGAAUGUACAGUGAGUGGGGACAAAGCUUUAGCAAUAUGUCAGUCCUCACCAAAAACCAGAGUAUGCGCUCUGGAGAAAAGCCUUAUGUGUGCGGGGAGUGUGGACGAGGCUUUACCUGGAAGUCAAACCUCGUCACACACCAGAGGACACACUCAGGGGAGAAACCUUAUGUGUGCAAGGAGUGUGGGCGAGGCUUUACCUGGAAAUCAAAUCUCUUCACACAUCAGAGGACACACUCAGGGGUCAGGCCUUAUGUGUGCAAGGAAUGUGGGCAGAGCUUUAGCCUGAAGUCAAACCUCAUCACACACCAGCGGGCACACUCUGGGGAGAAGCCUUAUGUGUGCAGGGAGUGUGGGCGAGGCUUUCGCCAGCAUUCACACCUCAUCAGACACAAGAGGACGCAUUCAGGAGAGAAGCCGUAUGUGUGCAGGGAGUGUGAGCAAGGCUUUAGCCAGAAGUCACACCUCAUUAGACACUUAAGGACACACACAGGAGAGAAGCCUUAUGUAUGCACAGAAUGUGGGCGUCACUUCAGCUGGAAAUCAAACCUCAAGACACACCAGAGGACACACUCAGGGGUUAGACCUUACACGUGCCUGGAGUGCGGGCAGCGCUUUAGCCUGAAGUCAAACCUUAACAAGCACCAGAGGUCACACACAGGGGAGAAGCCAUUUGUGUGCAGGGAAUGCGGGCGAGGCUUUACCCGGAAAUCAACCCUCAUCACACACCAGAGGACACACUCAGGGGAGAAGCCGUUUGUCUGUGUGGAGUGUGGGCGGGGUUUUAAUGAUAAGUCAACCCUCAUCUCACACCAGAGGACACAUUCAGGGGAAAAGCCUUUCAUAUGCAGGGAGUGUGGUAGAAGGUUCGGCCAGAAGCCAAACCUCUUUAGGCACAAGAGGGCGCACGCAGGUAUCCCCUUUGUGUGCAGAGAGUGUGGGCAAGGCUUUUGUGAUAAGUUAACGCUCAUUACACACCAGAGGGCACACUCGGGGGGGAAGUCUCAUGUGUGCAGGGAGUGUGGGCAGGGCUUUAGCCGGCAGUCACACCUUGCUAGACACCAGAGGAUCCAUUCAGGAGAGAAGCCUUAUACUUGCAGGAAGUGUGGGCGAGGCUUCAGUCGGAAAUCAAACCUCAUCAGACAUCAGAGACACACAGGAUCGAAACCUCGUGUGUCCAAGGAGUGUAGUGAGACCUUUAGGCAAGAGUCACACUUCAUGAGACACCAGAGGUCACUCUCAGGGCCGUGGCUUUAGUAAUAAGUCCGCCAUUGCCAGACACCAAAGUGGAGACGUCUUAUGUGUGAUGGGGGUGUUCACGAGGCUGUUAAUGGUUAAGAGUCAACAUCUGCAAUCCGCCUGAAGGAGAAUUGCUGUUGCGUUUUCAGGAGCUUUCGGUUCCCUGGUGGGGCUGGUGGUUGUGGAAGGUCUCAGGUAACUUGAGGAAGGGACUACUUCCAAAGAGGUUGAAAUUAGGGAACAGACUGUUCCAGUGUCAUUCCCCAAGUACACCGGAAUAGUCCUUCCACAGUAACCCGGAUGUUACAGAAACAACAAUACUGGAGCUUGUCUCUAGUGUCCGGCUGACCUUCUGAGGACAGGAGGCUUGACAGAAACCAUGACUGAUUUAAUCUUGCUUCUCCAGAGCAUGGCCCAGCAGAGUCAGCUUCAGGGAGAGUUCUGGAAAUGGUGAACUCGUGGGGACAGAGAGAGUACGUGGGUAGAAGAUUUUAUUAUACAAAGGCUGACAGGUAAGAAAGGCUGUAACUAUCCUAGCUCUAGGUUUGGGGAAGAGGUGUCCAUUUUGGGGAAUACCGUACCUUUGCUUGCUUCCUGGGGCUUUCUCUGGUUUCCAGGUUGAAUCCAUACUGAAGAUAAUUUUAUUGACCGAUAUAUUUAGACUAGAAAUGCAUUAUAUGCUUUUAUGAAGAAAACACACACUCAAAUACAGAAAUAGAAAAUGAAAUUACUUUCUAUUUUUCUUUGAAUUACGAUACGGUAUCCCAGAGGUAAUCCUUUAGUUUAAGUCUUUCUAACCAUUGCAAAAUAUACUAUUUUUCUGGUUGGGAAUGCUCUCUUUUUGAAAAUGGCAGUGUUUCACAAAUUAUCACCCUGGGCCAAGUCCCAGUUUUUUUUAUGGAACUUGACUGAAUGAUUCUGAAAUUUAUUUGGAAAAUAAAAUUUUCAAGAAUGGGCAGAAAAAUAAAGGAACUGUGUACAAUA